AUGGAUGGUGCCAUUGAACUUUUGCCUAAUGUAAAGAAUGAUCAUUUUUUAGAAAGUAAAAAUCUAAUAAAUGAAUAUAAUAAGUUAUAUAUGCAUAGGUACUACCAUAUAAAUAACCAUACUAGAAAUAAUGAUAACAUAUAUAAUAACAUAAUAUGCAAUAAUAAUUAUAAUAUUUCUAAUAUUUACACAUGUAAUAGUAACAUAUCUAAUCAUACUGUCCUUGGGUGUAGUAGUCAAAGAAAGUCUUUUAAUAAAUAUAAAUUUUUGUUAAACCUUUCAAAAACUUUACUAUCAAAAAAAUAUCUGUCCAUUAACUCUAGUACAAGGUUUGAAAAGAGAAAUGUAAAAAAUAAAGAUUUCAAAAACAAAAAUUCAAAGAACACAAUAAUUAAAGAAAAGGCAAAGAGCUACAUGUUGUCUUUAUUAAACAAAAAAAUAUGCAAUCAUUUAUAUGAAGAAAAUAAAAUAAAACAAUCUAAUGAAGAAAAAGUAAAGGGUCCAACUGAAAAUUAUGACCCUAUAUACAAUUUAAAAAUAAAUAAUAAAAAUGAGGACCAAGAAAUUAAUGAACACAAUAAAAGUGUUCUCAAUAUAAAUAAAGAUACACACAAAUAUGUAAACCAUGUAAAUGAAAAGGUUUUAAAUAAUUAUAAUGUUUCUGAAAGUAUGGGUGAUAAUGCAAUUAUUCUGGGAAUUUAUAAUAAUACAAAGGAUAUAAAAAAUUAUGAAUUAAAGGAUAAAACAAAAAAUGGAAGCAUCCAUUUUGAUAUGCGAAAUAUACAAUUAUGUAAUGCUGACAUAGAACAGGGAGAAAGAGUAACCGAUAGAAAUAAUUCAAAUGAUACGAAUAGUAAUUAUUCUAAAAAAAAUGAAGAUAUAGAAGAUCAUAAAAAUGAUAACAAUAAUGAUGAUAAUGAUGAUGAUAAUAAUGAUGAUGGUAAUUAUGAUGAUGGUAAUAAUGAUGAUGGUAAUUAUGAUGAUGGUAAUAAUAAUGAUCGUAAUAAUGAUGAUGGUAAUAAUGAUGAUGAUAAUAAUGAUGAUGGUAAUAAUAAUGACGACAAUAAUGAUGACGAUAAUAAUGAUGACGACAAUAAUGAUGAUGACGAUAAUAAUGAUGACGACAAUAAUGAUGACGACAAUAAUGAUGACGACAAUAAUAAUGACGACAAUAAUGAUGACGACAAUAAUAAUAACGACAAUAAUAAUAACGACAAUAAUGAUGACGACAAUAAUAAUGACGACAAUAAUAAUGACAAUAAUAAUGAUGAUGAUAGUAAUAAAAAAAAUGAAUACAAAACUUAUUACGAAAAAAUUAAAGAACUCAAGUCUAAUGUGUUCAUUAAAGAAUAUAAGAAUUCUGAAAAGUUUGUAAAAAAAAAGAUCUUGAAAUAUAUAUGUAAAAAUGAGAUAAUAGAAAAUGUGAGCAAUGUUUUUAAUUAUGUUAAAAACAUAUAUUUCGUGAUUAUAAAAAAUGAGAAAAUGAUGUUUUAUUUUUUAUAUAAUACAAAAGAUGUAUUAAAUAAUAUUAUAUAUAUGGAAAACGAAAAUGAAGUAAGUUAUAAUGAUAGUAAAUUUCUUUUAUAUUUUCUAUUAAAUGAAGAAGAAAUAUAUAAAAAAUUAUUUGAAAAAUUAAAUUUGGAUAUCGAAAAAGAAAGAUUAAUAUCUAAAUUAAAAAAAAUAAAUCUAAAAUUUAAUGAAUUGAAAUAUGAUUUUGAGAAAAACUUACAUAAAAAUAAUAUACAUCAAAUAUAUUUUAUGAAGAAAAGGAAAAUAUUUAUUAAUAAUAUGAAAGGAUUACAAUUUAAUAAAAAUUCUUUUAAUACAUCGAAUGCUACAACUAUAUCAGGAUUAAAAAUGGUAUCCUUAAAAAAUGUAAUUCCAAAAUUGUAUAAUUGUAAAGAUUAUAAGAAAACGAAUCAUUUCUUUUUCAAUAUGUAUGAAAAUAUCUCAAAGGAAAAUAAUGGUGUGGAUAAUGUGAAUGAAGCAAAGAAGAAACAUACGAGUCAUCAAAAUAUUAGUAAGAAAGGUGAAGAAAAAUAUUUGUCUCCUGAAGAACAAACCAAAAAGAGAAAAAAGAAAACCACCCAGCAAAAUAACAAAAAGAAUAAUAUGAACAAUAUGAACAAUAUGAAUAAUAUGAAUAAUAUGAAUAAUGUGAACAAUAUGAAUAAUAUGAAUAAUGUGAAUAAUAUGAAUAAUAUGAAACAUAAUAACUUUACGUUUGAUGGAAAUAAUAAACCAAUUGCAAGUAUUAACAAUAAUAAUGUUAAUACGAAUAUUAUUAAUAAUAAUAAUGAUAAUAAUAAUAAUGAUAAGCAUAACAAUAAUGAUAAUAAUGAUAAUAAUGAUAAUAAUGAUAAUAAUAUUAAUAAUAAUAAUAAUAAUAAUAAUAAUAAUAAUAAUAAUAAUAAUAAUAAUAAUAAUAAAGAAGAAGUAGUAAAGAAACCAGCUAUUAGAGGUAUUACUUCAUUUACCUUAUUUGCUAGGGAAAAAAGAAAAGAAUUACUAGAUCAAAAAAUAUAUCUUGGUAGCUCUUUAACAGAACAAACAUCAGCAGUUGCUAAAAUUUGGAAUAAUCUAAGUGAUGAACAAAAGAAAGAAUGGGCUGUCAAGGCUUCGAAAAUUAAUGAAGAAAACUUUUUAUUACAAAAAAAAAAAAAAAAAAGAAAAUUUACUGCUUUCAGUAUAUUUGCUAGAGAAAAAAGAAAAGAAUAUAAAGAAAAAAAUAUCGAUAUGGGUUUAACGUUAGCACAACAAAAUUCUCAUGUAUCCAAAUUAUGGAAACAGUUAACAGCAGAAGAAAAAAAUAAAUACAAAGUCUUAUCAAAUACAGUCAAUGCUACUAUAGCUAGAGCUUAUAGUAAAAGUGAAUCAGGUGGAGCAACAGGAGAAAGAGGUAGUGGUUUCAAGGGAAGAAUCAAAGCAUUAGAUAAUAUGAUGAGUCAACAUUAUGCAAAUAAUAAUAUUUUAAAUAAUGAUAGUAAUACUAAAAAUGAUGAAACCGUUAAAAAAAGUAAUAUGGACAAUAUUAAUAUAAACGAAAAUAUAAAUGUGUCCCAUGGAAAAAAUCUAACAAACAUAGAAAACGUAGCAAAUGUACAAAAUAUGCAAAAUAUUCAAAAUAUACAAAAUAUACAAAAUAUGCAAAAUGUACAAAAUGGUCAUAUCAAUAAUAACCAUAUUUCUUAUGGUGCUAAUUCUAAUGUAGCCACCAUGCACCAUACAAGCAAUACACAUAUGGCUCAUAUGAAUUAUAAUUAUUAUGAUCAAACUAAUAUAGGAAAUAAUAAUAAUAAUAAUAAUAAUAGUAACAAUUAUACUAUGAAUAUGUCUUUACCAGCUAACCAAAAUAUAACUGAUAAACCUGCUAUGGACCUUAUACCUACAAUCAAUGUACUACACCCAUAUACAAGUAAUUUUAAUGGAAAUGUGUGUAAUACGUCCACAAAUGUAAUUAACAACAAUAUAAAUAUUAAUAAUAUGAAUAGUAUGAACAAUAUGAACAAUAUCAAUAAUAAUCAUAAUAGUAGUAGUGGUAGUAGUGCUAUUGCUCCUCCAUGCGAUAUCAUGACAGAUGAUCAUCUAAAUAGUGCAGCCACAACUACUGGUACAAUUUCUACAACCUACAAUGGCAUGACCACAAAUAAUAUGAAUAAUAAAAAUAACAAUCAAGUAAUGAUUAUGAUGGUAAAUAAAGAAUUAAAUCAAAUCAAUAUAAAGAAUAAUAAUUCAAAUGUUGAUAUGCACCAAUUAAAGGGAGAUAACAAUAUGAACAAUAAUAAUAUUAUGAUGAACAAUAAUAAUAUUAUGAUGAACAAUAAUAAUAUUAUGAUGAACAAUAAUGUAGUAAAUGGAGAUGUUAUUAAUAAUGAAAAUAUAAAUAAUAACAUAAAUUUUAAUACAUUUCAAAUGAAUUAUAAAAAUGUAGAACAUACACAUAUAAAUAAUGAUCCAUAUCAAAAAAUAGAUGUAACAGAAGUAGAUGAUUUAAUCUUAAAAAAGAAAUUAAAAAAAGAUGAAAAACUAAAAGUUAAAGAAAAAAAAAAUAUAUUAAGGAUAUUUGAUAAACAAAGAAAACAAUUAUUAAAAGAGGAAAAGAAAAUGGAUAAAAUGAAAAUAAAUGAAAAUCAAUACAAUAAUACAACUUUAUAUUAUCCAACGACACAUUUAAUGAAUAAUAAUUUAAAUAAUAACCAGUAUGAUAUCUCAAAAAAUCAAUAUAUAAAUGAACCCAACACAAAUCAUAUGAAUUAUUAUACUAAUGUAGAUAAUAAAAUGGUAACUACUAAUGUAGCCAAUAAUAUUAUGAAUUUUAAUAACGUCAACAAUGUAAAUGUAGCAAAUAAUAAUAUGGGAAAUAUUCAUAUGGCAACAAUUAAUAACAUUGACAAUGUUAAUAAUGUGAACCAUAUUAAUAAUAUGAACAAUGGAAAUACCUUCAAUUAUAGCAAUCAUUAUGUUCCAUAUAACCAUGUAAAUCAUGUUGUCGUUAAUAGAAAGGACAAAAAUAUACAAAUCAACAACAACAAUAAUAGUGUUAUUAAUAAUAAUAAUAAUAAUUAUACUAUGUUUGUGAAUAAUAAUAAUAAUAAAAAUGCUCCUAUAAGUAAUUACAAUAAAUACCAACACGACAAUAUGAACAACAACAUAUUAAAAAAUGAUCAAGGAAAUAACAAUAUGAACAAUUAUAAUAAUUAUACAUACAACAACAUAUAUUUUAAUGGAACGGUCAACCAUGGAAAAAUGCCACCUGUACAAAAUGGUAAUGCAAUAAAGCAUAUGGAUGAAAAAGAAAUAAACAUAAAUCUUAAUGUAACAACAAAAAAAUUAGAAAAAAAAAAUUUUAACAAAAUAAUGAAUAUAAAUGAAGAGACACUAUAUAAAAAUAAUAAUGAACUAAAUUAUAUACAAAGUUCUCUCCAUUAUAAUCAAAUGAGUGAUAAUAAUAUGAACAAUAAAAUGAUACAUGCUCAUCAGAUUCAUAAGGAUAAUAUGAAUAAUAUGAAUAACAUAAACAAUAUAAACAAUAUAAAUAAUAUAAACAAUAUAAACAAUAUGAACAAUAUGAACAAUAUGAACAAUAUGAAUAAUAUAAACAAUAUGAAUAAUAUGAAUAAUAUAAACAAUAUGAAUAAUAUAAACAAUAUGAACAAUAUGAAUAAUAUAAAUAAACAUUUUGAUUCACAUGUGUUGAAAAAAAGAGCUAAUGAUAUAAAUCCAAAUGAUGCAAAUUAUUUUAAUGAGAAAUUAAAAAUACAGAAUUCAUUAAAUGAUGAUUUUUUUGAUUUUAGUACUACAAAUAAUAAUUGUGAAACUAUGCAUAGUACAACAACUCAAGAAAACAUUAAUUUAAAUAAUACAAUAAAUAAUGAUUUAAAUAUGGAUAUUAAUUCCAAUCUUAAUUUUAAUUACGCAACUAAUGAGCUUAAAAAGAAUAACACAUAUUACUACCCUUACAAUAAAAAUAAUAAGAAUAAUGAUGUUAAUCAUAUAUACGAUACACAUCAAAAUGAAAGAAACAUAUACCAUAAAAAUAAUAUGAAUAAUAAUAAUAUUAUUAAUAAUGAUAAUAAUUAUUCUGCAUUAGUUAAUACCAAAAAUUUCAUAUAUUAUCCUGAACAAAAUUUUUCACAGACUAUUGGAAAAGAGAAUCAACAUAUUUAUUAUGAUACGGAUUUGGAUAAGCCGGAAAGAACUUUACAAGAUACCGAAAUUGUUAGACCUCAAAACAAACUUUUUUUUAACAAUGCAUCACAUUUUUUAGAAUUAGUUAAUAACAAAAUAAUAAAAAAGAAGAAAAAUCACAAAUCUUCUUUAAAUAGUGUUUUUAAUGAAGAAACAUGCACCAUUUGGGAUCUUGUCAUGAAGAACAAAAAAAAAAAAGUUAAAAAAAUAAGAGACAAAAAAAAAGAAAGGCACGGAUGUGGUAAUGAUAAUGAUAAAGAGUUGAAUGAAAUGAGAAAUAUUGAAUAUGAUUAUAAUAAUUUUGAUUUGAUGAUGUUAAAUAAUGAUUUGAACAAUUAUAUAAAGGAUACAAAUAGGAGUGAGAAUAAUGAAGAUGACAUAUUUAAUAGUAUAUUGAAUAAUAUAGACGACAAUAAUAUAUAUAAUAAUAAUAAUAAUAAUAAGGAAGUAGCUAUUUUAAAUAAUAAAGAUAAUGUUAUUGAGGAAAAUAGAAAAAAUGACAACACAGAUCAUUUACCUGAGGAUGAUAAUAACAAUUGUGAUGAUUUUUUAAAUUUAUUAAAUAUAGGUUCAUCAAAUUUUUCGAACAAAUUAAAUAUAAAUGAACAUGGUGAUGUUAUAUAUGAUGAAAAAAAAAGAUUGGGUGCAAAUAAUUUAAUAAAUGAAAAUAAUAAUAAUAAUGACAAAUUAGGUUUAUUAAUGGAGAAGAAAAAUGAAAUAAAUCAAAACCUUAAUAAAUCUCAAAUAGAAAAAUAUAAAUAUGCAUAUAAAAAAAGUAAAUUGUGUAAAUGGACAGAUGAAGAAACAGAUAAAUUUUAUCAAGCCAUUGAAAUGUUUGGUAUAGAUCUAAUGAUGGUAAGAGCCUUAAUACCAAAAUUUAAUGAUAAACAAAUUAGAGAUAAAUAUAAAAAGGAAAAAAAAUCUAAUCCAUUAAAGAUUGAACAAGCCAUUAAAAAAAAUAAAGAAAUUAAUUUAGAUGCAUACGAAAAUGAGCAUGGAAAAAUUGAUCAUUCAACUCAUUUUAUGUAUUCUGAUUAUUCAUCAACUGAUGAAAAAAAUGAUAAUAAUAAUAAUGCUAAAGCAUUCACAAAUGUAACAGGAGAGUCCGAAAUUAAUAUCCUCACAAUUUUUGAUGACAAAAAUGAAAAUGCCAAUAUUGAUGAUGAAUAUGCUGCUAAUGAAGAACCUUCAGAAUUUAAUGUUUUAACAUUUUUUUAA